GCCGCUCUGGCCGCACUGUGGGCGUCGUACCGGGCGGGAGCAGGGGCCCCGCCGACGCUGGAAGUGGGCCCGCAAGGAGAGCAGGUGCCGGAGCACCGCGGCGAAAGGUGUGAGACCCCAGUCAGCGCGCCCGGUGACCGCUUUCCAUGUUGCCGGGAGCGCGGGAAGGCGAGCCCUGACUUUCUGGAGAAACGAAGGACUAUUUUGCUUCAGAACUCUGAAUUUUGGGAAAUUAUGGAUCGUCACAUUCCCAUGCAUGCUUUACCUGAAGAAAUCCAAAAGAUGUCUCCUGAAGAAAAGUUCUGCAAAUACUGUGGAGUCAGCUAUCUAAUUCUUCAUGAAUUUAAGGCUAUGGAAGAAAAAAUGAAAGCAAUGGAAAAAGAGAUGAAAUUUUACCAAGAAAGUGUAGAACGUGAAAGGAGACUUCAAGAAAAGCUGCAGUCGCUUAGCCGGGAUUUUGAACAGUACAAAAUUGACAGUGAAUCCAAAACAGAAAGAAUUCGGGAUGCAAGCAUACAGCUAAAAAGUCAACAAACUGAAUAUCAAAGAGUACAUAAAGAACUGAGUCAUUUGCAACAUGAAUUAAAAAUCAAAAUUAGACUAUCACAAGUCUUCAGUCAAAGAUUGUCGGAGUACAAAUAUUUCUGGAAUAAGACUCUUUCAUUACUUACUUUUACUAAAAGGGAGCUAACCAGUAUUAAAAAUGAAAUAUAUGAUAAUUUUCAAGACUGGACUUCACUGAAAAGAGAAGUUUUUCUGCAAAUUACAUCUAUAAGUGAAACAGCCUUGACAGAGAUAGAGACAUUAAAUAAAAGUUUGACAGCGUCACAGAGAACUAAGGUAUGCCUUGAAGAGGAAAUGAAAAAUCUCAAACUGUUGUCAGAUACAGCCAUCUUGAGGUCCCAGCAGAUUCAUAUGUCCAAGCGGCAGGAAGAAAACUUACAAGUCAGAUGCCAUGAUUUGCAGAAAGAAGUACUAGAUUUACAGUGUCAAGUAGAGGCCCUUGGGUUAAGACUUCAGAGGACAGUGACGGAGCUGGACAACUGUAAAGAAAUGCUCGCGAAUAAAUCUAAUGAAGCUGAUGAAUGUCAAAGAGAACUAAGGAAACUGAAGUUUGAAUCCAUUAUUUCUGAAUCACGGCACACUAGGCUGCUUAAAGAAAAAGAAGACUCUUUAAUGACUUGUCAACAAAUUUAUAAAGCUUUACAGGAAGAGCUGACUGCAAAAGAAAGGCAAGAAGAAGACUCAAAGAGAAUAAUUAACCUCUCAGAAAGUGAGCUAGAGAUAACCAAAGUUCUUCUGAAUCAGACAAGACAAGAGGUCACAAUGCUGAAAAAUGAAAGGGAAUUGAUGCUGAUGUCGCAUCAGAAAAGCAUCGAGCAGCUGCAGGAGACCAUUAGACAGAAGAUGCUUAGCGACGAUAGCUGGAAGGAGAAGAUUGAGACUGAACUUGCCAAGGAAAGAGCCCGACACUUAGCUGAAUUCGAGGAGAAGGCUCUUCUCUUUAAAGAAGAAGCAAAAUUGGAACUUGAUAUUGAAAAAGAAAAACACCAAGAAAUAAUCCAAAAGUAUAAGAAGGAACAGAAAGAACUACAAAUGAAGAUAUCUGACUUAAUCGCAGGUGCUACAAGAGACCUAAGGCUGGAAGUGACCACUCUUAAAGAAAAACUCCACAAAUCCCACAUCCAAUACACAGAAGAAUCUGAGUCAAAGAAAAAAGAAAUUGAAAACCUAAAAAAUUUGGUUGCAGAAUUUGAAUCUCGUUUGAAGAAGGAAAUUGACAGUAAUCAUUCAGUUUCAGAAGACUUGAGGAAGGAAAUGAAACACAAGUCAGAUGAACUGGAAAGAGUAUUGCUGGCACAAACACAACUGAUACAACAACUUAGCCAGUCCCAGGAAGAGAACACCUUUCUUCAGGAAACCGUGCGCAGAGAGUGUGAAGAGCGCUCUGAGCUGACGCAGGCCCUGAGCCAAGCCCGGGAACAGCUCCUGGCGCUGAGGAAGCUCAGCGGAAGCCUGCCACGACCACUGUGCUCCCUCAGCAGAGGCAGCCCGAACCUCCCUGCCCCAGCCUCUGGCGACCGCAGGGACAGCAGCGGGUCAAUCGACCACAGGGACAGCAGCCGUGCAGCACUGCGCGCUGGACGAGGACUCAGAACCCCUAGCGCGCCCAGAGCGUCCAGAGGCUCCAUCUCCCCACCCGCAGGUAACUCCCAGGAGGCCCUGUGCAGAAACAUCCUUAGAAAUCGCUGCAGAACUGGCCAUGGAUGGAGCAGGCUGAGGCUCCAACACACCUUCUGUUUGCCGUCCAUCAAAAGCGACGUUUUUGUCUGCAGGGAGUGGUUGUGACCUUUCUCUGUUUUUACAGCAGCUAGGCCAGACAUUGACGGUGCAGGUUUUUAUCACACACUCUGCCCUCAAGUGGGAAGUUGCUCUGUCAUGACUUGAGUUUCUCUUACACUUAGUUUAGCCAACGUCGACUCUCCCUGUAGAGAGUCAACGCCUACUGAAUCGCACCUGGGCCCUGGUUCCGCCUGCCAUGCUGUUGAAGAGGAUGACUGCCAAGUGCCACACCUGCUGCCGUCCCUGCCGUGCCAGGAGAGGCGCGCUCUCCUGCAUUCAUCUGUGAGCAAUCUAAAGAAACAAAACCCUGAGUUUAUCAAGUUCGCGUUACUAUCUUUAUGUAGUGACAUUUGGAAAUGUCUCUAGUCAUUGCUUUCCAUUAUCGCUGUGGCUUUUUAAGCCUAUGCUGGAGUCAUUUUGGCAAAUGAGUGAGCAACAGCCAUGGCAGGCAAACCGUGGGCCUCACGCUGGAAUGUGAUGUGGGGAAAAUAUUUUUUAAUUUUCUAGCAGGUGCUGAGCUAUGAAUCUGACUCAUAAAGAUAAUAAUUAGACCUCCUUUCAUAAGUGAAGCAGGAGAGAAAGAACAUAAUAAAAUUAAUGAAGAAAGCAAGACAGGCUCAUUCUAUCUGGAAAAUCCAGCAACCUGAGAGGUUUUUUGUUUUGUUUUGUUUUAAAUGAAUCACUGAUUUGUGAAGGGUAGCACAGGAGAGGAUAUUUGUCUUUGUGUCAAAAACAAGAACCCUGAGCAAACAAUCUCUUCUACCUGUAGACAGUUCAGGGAGAUAAACAUCUUGAGGGCUUUACAGUGCUAUGCACAGAUAAGGCCUUCUCACACUUUGGAGCAAAAUUCUCACCAGUUGCAACUGGUGGAGGAAAUGUAUUUCAGAAAUAAUUUUCACAAAGAAACUUUAAUGCUGGACACUCCGUAUGGGCAGGGUGGUAACCAGGUGAACACGCUACAUUCUGUGCAAGGAAAGCUGACUGAUGUCAAGUGCCCCUCAGUGUCACCGGAGUCAGAACAGGAAACAUGGUGGAAGUAAGCAGGUAAGAGGGUGGGGAGACACAGAGUGUGACAAAGACCAGCUGAAAACAUGGGCCAAAGUCACAUGACACGUGCACUGUAAUUUGAGUGGCAAAGGGCAAAUGUGUGACCUUGAAUAUUGGCUCCACAUCUUGCUCAGAGCUGUAGCUCACAGAUGAGGACGUGAAAUAGUCCCAAGUCAAUAGAAGAUUAUUUCCCCACCACCACCCCUCAUGUUUUUAGAAUUUGAUAUAAAGCAAUAAAAAAACAACUGACAAAAAAGGACAGUGCUAGGAGUUAAUUGAAGAAGGGAAAUUUUGAAGAGCAGUCCAUGAGCCCAGCUCCCAGCUUUCUGCGUGUCCGUGAAUCACGCCAACUGCUUGUAGCAGGCCCUUCCCACACCCCUUUCUGAAGCUCUUCACUCUGCCUGUGAGAGUGGGGUGCCCCACCUGGCAAUCAGCACUGUCCAGUGGGCUGACCAUGAUUCUGGGGUUUGCUCAAUGUUUCCUUCCUUUGCACCAGAAGUCAAGCAAAACCAAGCACAGCUCCUGUCUUGGCUACAGAGAGGGCCAGGUUGUCACAGACUUUUUCCCUAGGGCAGUCAUUACUGACAGGGAUCUGAAAGCAAGAGCAGCAUCAACCUUUAUAGAUGGAAUUUGGAUCUGCCUUCAUGGUGUCUUUCCACUGGCAUCUACCACUGCAAAGCUAAGCAGCUACAGACCCACAACAUCCCUUGAUGCUAAGGCCUGAAAUGUGUCACCCCCAAAUUUAUAUGUGGGAGCCCUAACUGCUAACAUGACUGUUUUCAGAGAUAAAGCUUUCAAAGUGGUGAAAUUAAAUAAGAUCAAAGGGUAGGACCCUAAUCCAAUAGGACUGGUGUCCUUAAAGGGUGAGGAGGAAACACCAGUCAGGCACAGAAAUCGAGGCCACAGAAGACACAGCGAGGCCAGAGGAAACCAGCCCUGCCCACACCCAGAUCUUGAACAUCCAGACUCCAGAAUGGUGAAGAGAUCCAUUUUUGUUGUUUAAGCCGCCCAAUCUGCCUAUUUUGCCACGCGGACUAAGGCCCUUGGAACACUUCAUGGGUAUGUGGCCAUCCCAUCGUGAUACCCAGCCACAGCCCAGAAUCACAGAGACAGCUGGAAUUCCAGGAGCCUGGCAGGCACGCCAAUGGCCUCUGUGGCAAAGGGCAAAUGUGUGGCCUGUCUCUCCGGUGCAUUAUACCAGUAGCAAAAGGGAUUGGGGGGACUGUGGCUAGAUUCACUGUGCUGGACAUUGUGCCAGCAGCUCUAGAGCACAAAAUGACUGAAGCAGCAUCCCCCCAAGGGACUUACCAUCUAUGGGGAAAGACAUAAGAGUCAGUACUUUCAGGAGAAGAGGGACUUUUGGAGACAAGAGUUGCUAAUUUGAAUUUGGAGCUUGGAAUCAUAGGAAGAGCCGGAAGGAUUAGUUAAGUUUUACAGAAAUUUGAGUAGGACUGUUUUGGUAUCUGGAAUUUCUUGCUGUCUAGCAAACAACCCCAAACUUAGCAGCAUAAACAGCCACAUCUCAUGAUGCUCAAGAAGUCUGUGAGGACGCAGGACGCAACAUCGACAGCUCAGCCCAUGCUGUCUGGGACCCCAGCUUGAGGAGACUCACAUGGCAGGGGUCCAGAAGCAUCCAGUUCCAAGAGGGAUUCCUCACUUACGUGCUGGCCCCUGGGCUGCACACAGGUUCAGCUGGCCUGCAUACAGCCCAUCCAACACAGCUGUGGGGGCUGUCGGCCUCUUCCAUGAUGUUCAGAACUUCAGCAUCAAGUGUUCCUAGCAGACGAAGCAGAUGUGGCCGAGCUCAGAGAUUAACUGGCAUCAUUUCCACAACACACAUUGGUUGAAGAGUCCCAUUUCAAAGAUGAGAAUGCAGUAAUAUUGCUGCCAUAAAUAUCCUGAAAGAUGUAGGAAUCUCGGCACACGUGCACUGAAGCCUUACUAUCUAUGAUAUUUUUUUCUGAUUAUAUAUGAAAUGCACAUUCAUUAUAUAAAAUAAAAUACAAUCAUUCACUAUUUCAGGAGACAAGCCAUGUGCCUGAACUUGAAAAGGAUUAGAGCUAUAAACUUAAGCAAAUUAUAGUUCCUGUCUCAAGCGUCUCCAGCCUUGGAAUGACCACAGCAUGGAGUCCCUUGCUGCCCACAUGCUGGCCAGUCCUUCUGGGUCAUGCAAGCACUGUUCUGUGUCCUGCUUAGUUUUCUUCCUCCCUGGUACAUGGAGUAUCAUUUUCCCCACAGCAUGAAAUACUCUACAAAACCACGAUUUCGGAUUGAAGUAUCAUAUAUCAUCCUUUAAAUAUACCAUUGUUCAAGCAAAAUAUUUUGGGGGUUUUGCUACUAUGAGAUAAUAUUGUAAUAUUCUUAUGCAUUAUUAUGCUUCUCUGAUCAUCUUGUAGGGUAAGUUUCUAAGCUAAUUAUAUUACUAGUUAAAACAGAGAAUAUGUUAGAGCUUCUCAAUUAAUGUUUUUUCGAAGUGGCUUGUGGAAAGUGCUGCUGGGGUCUGCCCCUUCACAUGUGUCUGGGUCUGCCCUGCACAGAGCUGUACCACAGGGGGCCAGCCUGAGCCCAGGCCCAGGACAGAGAUUUGGGUCCAAUCUAAACAGAUUUUUUAAAUGCUGAAAAAAGCUGACAGAAGUGAGCAGGGCAGAGGCAGAGUCAGUGAGAAGAGGCCCUUUGCUUCUAGGCACCAUCCUGAAGCCCCAGUGUCACUGCGGAGACCCCUGUGGGGUCAGCUAGGGCUCUUCAGGUGUCGAGUUACAGGAACUGGCCUCAGCUCAUCUAAAUCAGGGGGAAUUCACUGGAAAACCUGUUGGUCUCUCAAUUGCCCGUCUGGAAACCAGACUCAGGAAAUCGCCAGAGAAGCAUAAUGACAUGUAAGCAAAAUGGAUGGGAGAUGGGAAGCCCCAUGGGCAGCAGCAGGACCUCCAGGACAGAGGUCCUCCUCCCCAGGCUCACCUGUCCCCCGCUGUGAGAAGCAAGUGAGCUCCAGUUGGUUGCCAUCUCUUGAGGAGCUUGUCCUAAUUGCAGAGUCCAGGAAGGAGGCCCUGAUUGACUUCUUGUAGUCCCCUGCCUGCCUGGGGCGAGGGAAAAGUGGCACCUGGCUAACCAUUUCUCAUCUGUGGAAGAUGUGGUUCCCAGAGGCGGACCAGGACACAGUCAGCAAAGCUAGAAGUUAUUUUCCAUACCAUGUUACCUGGCUGAAGAGGUGCACCAAGCGAGCAUUACUGUGAACCCUGAGCCCAUCUCGUUCACCCAUUGAACUCCUGUCCCACCCCAA